CACUGCUCUCAUUGUUGAAAUCACAUCUCAGAAAGUAGGUAUUUUUUGAGUUUAAUUUGAGCGCAUAGUCAUGUAUUCCUGGCGGUCUCAUGAUCACCGUGAUCGACUAAGUGAGUUACCCGACUCCUUAAUCCUCAUGAUUCUUUCACUGUUGGAGACGCGGUAUGCUUUCACGACAACAUUUCUCUCCAAACGUUGGAGAGAUCUCUGGACCACCGUUCCCCGUCUGAAAUUCGUCGAAGAAGGUAGAAAUUUCAUUUGUGGAGUUGUUGCGAGAUUUAGAGGUGUGAAGAUCGUGAGCUUCUACCUUUCUUGGUUUGAUCAGCUGCCUACUUCUAGUGAUGUUGAUUCGUGGCUGCUCUUUGCCGUCGAAAAACAAGUGGAAGAGCUAUAUGUAGAUUUUGAAGCUCAUCUCGAUGCCCAUUACUGCCCACCUCAGUGUUUGUAUUCAUGCUCGUCCAUUACAGAAUUACACCUUGCUUGUUGUUGGUUGGAGAUUGAGGGGAGUGUGCAGUGGAAUCGUCUCAAGAGUUUAUAUCUUGAAGUUUUAAAUACCUCUCGUGUGAUGAUGUCUUUAACAAACUUCUCUCGGGUGCACCUCGCUUGGAAACGAUGAUAUUGUUGAUUGAUAAAAUUGUUGAAAACUUCAGUAUCCGAUCUACUAGUUUGAAGAAUCUCAUAAUCGACCAUAACAGUAGGCCGCUUAAUAUUGACAUAAUGGCAAUGCUGAGAAUUUGGGCUCCUAAUCUCUUGACUCUACAAAUUAGUGCAGAUGUUGUUAAUGGUGGUAGUUGUUUGUUUGAUGUCCCAUCUUUAACUUAUGCAUCUUUUUGUCGAUUUUGUGAGGUGUAUGAUCCGCCUCUUGAAACGUUCUAUCACCUUAUUCGAAGCAUCUGCCAUGUUAAGAAAGUUUAUUUAUCGGACUUGAACAUGAAGGUUUGAUUUC